GUGUCCCACAAUGCACCGCGGCGGUCACGUCCACGUCACAGCCGACAAGCCUGCCGGCCCGAUAAUGGCCGCCGCGGUCGAGUUGGCAGUCUAAUCAACCCAAAUGCGUGAAAGUUAUUUUCUAACUGUCAAGGUAAACCGCAGAGGGGCUACACUACCUCAUAUUUUUUUUUUGUAUUGACAUUUUAGCUUAAUGAGCUAGCUUGCUAGCUAAGCCGAAGCGAGGCUAAAAGCUAUCCCUGCCCGGGUCGCCCUCACCGACCCCCGCCGUUGGCUGUUUUGGUUUGGAGACGGCGGUGUUGUUGUCGAGAAAAAGAUGUCAUCGUGGCUCGGGGGGAUCGGCUCCGGCCUCGGCCAGUCGCUGGGUCAGGUCGGCGGCAGCCUGUCGUCCUUCACGGGGCAGAUUUCCAACUUUACCAAAGAUAUGUUGCUGGAGGGAGUGGAAGAAGUCGGAGAUGCUGCCACGGAGCUCCAGUUGUCCAAUUCCAAGUUGGCGGACGUGGAGGCUGCCUUUUCCUCUCAGAAAUUUGAGUGUGAAAGAUUGAAAAAACUCAACGCCGAGCUGGAAGAGAAGCUGGAGGCGUCAGAGAUCCAAAACAAGCAGCAGUCGGGCGAGUACAGGAUGCUUCUGCAGCAGAAAGAUGUGGAGAUCAGUCACUUAAAAGCCCGACAAAGCGGCCUGCAGGAGGACGUCCAGAAGCUUCAGCGCUCAGCCCAGUCCGCCUCGGCCGUGGCCGCCCUGCCGUCCAGCGCCACGGCGUCCUCCGCCGUCACCGCCGCGGCUUCGUCCUUCCUAUCCCGGCCCUCCGCCUCCCACCAUCACGGCUUCCACGGCGACGACAUGGACCUGGGCGAAGUCAUCUCGUCCCAGCAGGAGAUCAACCGGCUGUCCACUGAGGUGCUGCGACUAGAAGCGGAGGUGGCGCACUGGAGGCGAAUGUCGCAGGCGUCAACAGCAGUGGGGGAAGGUAAUUCUGACAAGGGUGAGAUUCUCAAGCUUCAAAGAACAGUUAAGGAGCUACGGGACGAGAUGAACCGCGAGGUGGAUGAGCACCAGCACGAGCUCGCCGCCCUGCAGGACGCCCAGCGCCAGAAGAUGUCUGACCUCAGCCGGCGCCACCGGGAGGAGCUUGCCGAAUACGAGGAGAGGAUCGAGGAGCUGGAGGAGCAGCUGCAGAACGGGUCCUCUCCAGCUGGUUCCCCAUCAAACCCUCCCAAAGAGCUCGAGCUGCAGGCCACUAUCGCCGGCCUGCGCGAGGCGGCCGAGGAGCGGGAGACUCGUCUCUCUGAGCUGUCCGCAAGCCUAGAGGAGGCGCGGAGGGACCGGUCCUCACUCCAGUCGGAGAGGGAUGAAGUCCAACAGGAGAACGCCGCGCUGCUGCAGAACUACGCCCGUUUGCAGGCCUCCGUGGAGGAGCUUCAGGCGCGGGUGCGAGAGCAGGAGAGCAAGGCCGUGCAGAAAGCCCACAUGCAGCACGAAAUCCAAGCGCUGAGGGACAACCUCGCCGGCGCCGAAAAGGAAACGGAGAGACUGAAAAAUCUCCUAGUGGCAGAGCCAAAGGAGGAGGUGGAGCACGCUGACAUCCUGGAACUCAACACCAUCAUCGGCACACUAAGAGAAGAAAAGGAGGCCCUGGAGCAAGAAAAGCUCACUCUGCAGCAGAGACUGAGCGCGGCUGCGGAAGAAGUCGGCGGGGAGCGCGUCGCUCCACCGGCUGAAACCGAGUCGACGGAAGACCUGAAGGAGGCGCUGGAGAGCAAAGAAAACACCUUGAAGGCCACGCAGGAGGAACGUGACACUCUGUUGACUGAGCUAGAGGAGCUGGACCGGCAAAACCAGGAAGCGACGCAGCAUCUGAUCUCCAUGAAAGAGCAGCUGAAGAAGGCCGAGGUGGAACACGGCGCCACCAAAGACCAGAAGAGCGCGCUGGAAAAGGAGCUGGAGGCCCACAAGGAGAGGAUGGGCCAGAGCGCGUUCACGCUCAACGACCUGCACAUGAGCAAGCAGCAGCUGGAGGGUACCAUCCGGGAGCUGAAGGACAAACUGACACAAGCUCAAGAGCGGACCAAGGAGGCCCGCAAAGAAACGGUGGAGCUGAAGAAGAGCUUGCAGGAGAAGGAGGAGCAUCUGUUGGCAGCAAAAGAAAAGCUCGCUAAGAGUGAAAGGACAAGAACGGACGAAGAACAGCUGGCGACGAAGGACCGAGAACUUUUGGAUCUCCGAGGAGAGCUGGAGAAAGUCAAGUCGGUGGACUUCGAGCUGAAGAUGGAGAACGGGAGGUUGAAGGAGGCUGUGAGGAAAGCGGAGGACUCGUUGAAAGAGAGCCAGACGGCGGCAAGCAGGACGCAGCGGGAGAAGGACACGCGCAUCGAAGCCCUCAAGCUGGAGAAAGACCAACUGGACGGCGAGCUGCAGGGGGCCCAGCGCUCGCUUGCGGAGCAGGCCAAACAGUACCAGCGCACCGUGGACGAGCUGAGCCGAGCCCGUUCCAUGGAUGCCUCGGCUCUGCAGACGGAGCACGAGCGCGCAGUUAAGCUCAACCAGGAGAAGGACACGGAGAUUGCGCAGCUGCGCCGCGACGCCGAGCAACAGGCGGCCGACCACCGGGACACCAACGAGAUGCUCGCCAUCACCGUCGCCGGGCAGAAGCAGCUUACGGACCUGCUCCAGGAGAAGGACGCCUUCGCCGAGACGCUGAAGCAGAAUGUGGCGGAUACGCGUGCAGAGCUCGAGGCGAGCGUUGCGGCGGCGAGGAGGGAGGCCGACGUGCUCAGGCAGGCGCUGGAGGAGAAGGACAGACAGCUAGCAGGCAUGAAGGAGGACAACAGCCACUUAAAGGAGGAAAUGGAUCGCGUGCAGGAUCAGCAAAGCAGGCCUCCGCGUACCCUGGACAUCAUCACUGAGCUGGAGGCCGAGAUCACCCAGCUCAAGUCAUCCAGAGGCAGCCUAGAAGAAGAGCUGGGGGAUCUCCGGCGGAGCCUGGAGGAGCAACAGACGUCGCUCCUCGGAUCUCGGAGCGAGCUGGAGCAGGCCUCGCUUGACUUCGACAGGCUCCUGCAGGCCAGGGACAAAGAGCUGGCCAGCCUGCGGCAGAUCCUGGAGAGCCGAGGCCCCGCCGAGUCCCCGGCGGAGCGGGGCGACGUCAUACUGCAGGAAGACAAGACCGUGUCUCUGAACCAGGAGAGCGGCAACGAGAAGCACGACCUCUCCAAGGUGGAACUGGAGCGACUAGUGAAGGGCAUGAAGGAGAAAGAGACGGAAAUCAGCCAGCUAAACGAGAAGAACCUGUCCCUGACCAGGCAGCUGGACCAGUUAACGGUGUCUCACGAUGAAGUCGGGAAGCUCUCCCAGAUGAUCCUGCAGAAGGACCUUGAGAUCCAGGCCCUUCAUGCGCGAGUCACCAUGGGCGGCGGUCAGGACGUCCUCUUCCUCCAGCAGCAGGUGCAGGCCUACGCCGUGGAGAGGGAGCAGGUCCUGGCCGUGCUCAACGAGAAGACUCGAGAGAACAGUCAGCUGCGCUCCGACUACCACCGCCUCAUGGACAUCGUGGCGGUCAAGGAGGCGGCGCUGCUGAAGCUGCAGCAGGAGAACCAGCGGCUCUCCAACUCCGGCAGCGACCCCUCGGGGAGCCAGGAGAUGUUUAAGGAGACCAUCCAGAAUCUCUCGCGCAUCAUCCGGGAGAAGGACAUCGAGAUCGACGCGUUGACGCAGAAGUGCCAGACGCUGGUGACGGUGCUGCAGUCGUCGGGCGGCGACGCCGGCGCCGGCGGGGUCAGCAGCAAUCAGUUCGAGGAGCUGCUGAAGGAGCGCGACACGCUCAAGCAGCAGGUGAAGAAAAUGGAGGAGUGGAAGCAGCAGGUGAUGACCACCGUCAAAAACAUGCAACACGAGUCGGCGCAGCUUCAAGAGGAGCUGGUCAACCUCCAUGCUCAGGUGUCUGCCGACGGCGACGCCGGCUCCAAACUUUCAGUGGACUACGAGAGGCUUAUACAGGGUUACGAGCACAAGGAGCAGCGGCUGGGGAGCUUGAGUGUGGAGCUGGCCCAGGUCCAGCAGACCCUCAACCAGCUCAACACCACCAAGGAUCUCCUAUUGGGCCGUGUAGGCUACGCCCCUCCCAAAAGCGAAGGUCAGCCGAGCGCGGUCGACGCGCCGAGCCAACCCCUGACAUCACUGCAAGCCCGGCUGGCCGAGCAGGAGGACCUGAUCCGGACGCUCCAGGAGAACAACCACCGGCUCUCCUGCUCGGCGUCCUCCUCCGAGAGCGAGCAGAGGAGCCACGCCGCCGAGCUGCAGCAGGUCCGAGCCAGUCUGGAGGCGCUACAGAGGUCCGUCCGGGAGAAAGACCUGCUCAUUAAGACCAAAGGGGACCAGCUGGCUCGGAUGGGCGAGACCUUGCGCAACCGCGAGAGCGACAACGAGGUCCUGAAGCAGGCCGUCACCAACCUGAAGGAGCGCGCCGUCAUCCUGGAGAUGGACGCCAAGACGCUGAAGGAGGAGAACGAGCAGGUGGCCGCGCGUUCGCGGGAGAAGGAGUCCGAGUUCCGGGCGCUGCAGGAGACCAACAUGCAGGUCUCCAUGCUGCUGCGCGAGAGGGAGUUUGAGCUCAGCGCCAUGAGGGACAAAGCCAGCACCGUGGAGAAGAUGCUCAAGGACAAAGAACAGGGCAAAUCGAGUGAGCUCAAUCAACUCCUGAAUGAAAUCAAGUCCAUGCAGGACAAAGCGGUGGCCUUUCAGCAAGAGCGGGACCAGGUGGUGAUGGCGCUCAAGCAGAAGCAAAUGGAAACCACCGCGCUACAGACCGAGCUGCAGCACGUGCGGGACAAAGAGCAGCGCCUCAACCUGGAGCUGGAGAGGCUGCGCAACCACCUCUUGGAAAUCGAGGACUCGUACACGCGGGAGGCCCUGGCCGCCGAGGACCGCGAGACCGAGCUGCGGCGGCGCGUGGCCCUGCUGGACGAGCGGCUGGCCUCGUCCUCCAGCGCGGUGGAGACCGCCAGUCAGCAGGCCAGCAUGCAGGUGGAGUCCCUUCAGGAGCAGCUGAGCGGUGUGGUAAAGCAGCGGGACGAUGCCCUCCUGCAGCUCGGAACCUCCCAGGAGCAGGUCAAGCAGUACGCCGUGUCCCUCUCCAACCUGCAGAUGGUGCUAGAGCAGUUCCAGCAAGAGGAGAAAGCCAUGUACUCGGCAGAGCUGGAGAAGCUCAGGAAGGAGAAAGAGGAGUGGCGAAGGAAGGCGGACACGCUGCAAGACCAAGCAUCUGCCCUUCAGAUGAACCUGGAGGAGGCCCACGCAGCUCUGGACUCGGCCUCUCGGCUCACCGACCAGCUGGACUACAAGGAGGAGCAGAUCGAGGAGUUGAAGCGGCAAGUGGACGUGAGACAAGAAAUGUUGGAGGAGGCCCAGAAGAAACUGAUGAACCUGUUGAACAGCACCGAGGGCAAGAUUGACAAGGCCCUGAUGCGUAACCUGCUCCAGGGCUACUUCCACACACCCAGAGCCAAGCGCAUGGACGUGCUCAGGCUCAUGGGCAGCGUGCUGGGGCUGAGCCGAGAGGACGUGGAAAAGAUGCUGGAGGAGGACACGGCUCGCGGCGUGGGCGGCUGGGUGUCGAGCUGGCUCGGCCGAGGAGCUCAGAGCGUCCCCGGCACUCCCCUGAGGCCCGGCGGCGGACACGGAUUUAACACUUCCUUCUCUGAGAUGUUUGUCAAGUUCCUGGAGACGGAAUCGACGCCGUCGCUCCCUCCGCCCAAACUCUCCGUCACGGACAUCAAGCCGCUGAGCGCCCCGCCCAACAGGAGAGCGCCGGCCGGCAAGCCCAACAACCCCUUCCUGGCGCCCCGGUCCGCCGCCGUGCCCCUGCCGGCCGGCGGGCCCGGCGGGCACCUGCUGAUGAAGCCCAUCUCGGACGCCCUCCCCACCUUCACGCCCGUGCCCGUGUCGGCCGAGGCCAGCGGCGGCGCCGUCCUCAAGGACCUGUUGAAGCAGUAGAGCGGCCGCGUGCGCGGAAGCGCCGUAGAUGUUAGCCCUAUGCAGAGUAAUCAAAGUGCUUCCUCACGUAAACCAGAGCUGGGUGAGACCAUUUGAUCCAAUUCUCGAGUAAUACCAGAACUUUAAAUCACCCCCCAAAAUUGCUUCAAGCUAACAUGUCGUACUUGUCAUUUGUGUUAGGAAAUGAUCCGAACACAACAAGCUACCCAAUUUGUCGUUAUCUGAUAAAACGCCUUCCAGCCAUCUGUCUAGCCAAAAUGGAAGAUUUCCGGCACAGGUCCUUGAGACCUUUUUGCCAAUCUGUUCAUAAGUGCUCAAAUCUUGCGUUGCUAAGGGAAACUAGCUUAGGUACACACGCCUGCCUUUGGUGCGGACAGCGCGGGAUCAAUUCCCGCUCAGUGAUGGCGUCUAUCUGCCGUGCGACUGACUGGCGACCAGUUCAGGUUGUAGUCCCGCCUUUCGCCCAAAGCUAGCUGGGAUAGGCUCCAGCUUUCCCCGCAACCCUUGUGAGGAUAGGAGGCUUGUAUAAUGACAUGACAUCUCGAUUGCACUACUGUUGUUAAAAUGGCCGCUUGGAACCAAAAUGGGUGGCACGGUGGGUAAGUUGGGAAAGGAGUGGCCUUACACGGGUUUGAUCCCGAAUCCCGCCUGUGUGGGUUUUCUCCGGGCCCUCCCGUUUCCCCCCCACAUCCCAAAAUACAUGCAUCAUUAAUCGGACACUCUAAAUUGCCCCAAGGUAAUAUAGUGAGUGCGGCUGUUUGUCUCCAUGUGCCCGGCGAUUGGCUGGCAACCAGUUCAGGGUGUAACCCCGCCUCCGACCACUUGACAGCUGGGAUAGGCUCCAGCGACCCUCGUGAGGAUAAGCGGUGAAGAAAAUGGAUGGAAACCAAAAUGAUGGAUGUCUUUUUCAAGGGGAAAAACGGCUUUCCUGACUCGACCACUAGGUGACAACAAUCUACCAUCAAAGUUCACAUUUAGAAGAGGGAGGAAAUUUUUUUUUCACGUUUCAUAAAUCGACACGGCACAUAAAUUUCAUGUUGCUACGUGGAAAUGACUUAUUUGCUACUUUGAACGUGACGAGGGGAAAGAAAAGCACGGUAGUAGUUCAUCUUGGCCAGGGUAUUUGAAACAACCCCACUACGUGAUAAAUAUCUGCAGCGAACCUUUGGAAAGGAAAUAAUUCGAAAUAUUUGGGAAAUAAUUCAAUCUUGUCCCACCGCAUUGUUUCUUAACCCAAGUGACCUUGUAAACAUUGCAAUUUUCCGCCUUUUGGUUUUUAUUUAUUUUUUUUGUAGGGGUGAAGUUUUUAUUUCAUUAUAAUGGAAAUGAUAUCGAGCACGCACACUGCGGACAUAUUUGCCAAGAAUUCUGUGGGCGCACAACAGCCCGUGCUCGAGUCGUAAAUGGGCGUACAUAAACGACACUGUUAUUACACGGUUAUACACGUUUAUUGGCGGGGCUUGAUUUUCGUGGGUUUAAUGGCGACGGCUUUGAAGUGCCUAUUUUGUGCAAAUAACUUGUAUAAUCAGGAGUGUACAUGAUUGAUAGGGAUAUUUAUAUUUACAGACUUCUUUGUACAUUUAUUGUAAAUCAGGACUUAUUUUGUAAAUUGGAGGAAGAAUGGAGGGAGGGGGGUGAGGGGGUGAAAUCCAAUAAAAGUAC